AUGUAUCCAUUUAUAAUUUGGCACACAAUCAAUUAUUUUCCAUCUGGUCAGCCACUAUUUUACAUGUUUGUAAACUCAUUAGCUCACAUUAUAAUGUUUCCUAUGAAACUUUAUGUUGCUUAUUUUACACCAAAAUGGAUUCGAUAUAAAGCUCAAAUUGGAGUGGCUUAUAUGAUGUGCUAUAAACUACUAGCUUUGAAGCUCCUAGCUAUCAAGUUACUAGCUAUGAAGCUGCUGGCUAUGAAGCUACCAGCUAUGAAGCUACUAGCUUUGAAGCUACUAGCUAUGAAGCUACUAGCUAUGAAGCUACUAGCUAUGAAACUGCUAGCUAUGAAGCUACCAGCUUUGAAGCUACUAGCAUUGAAGCUACUAGCUAUGAAGCUACCAGCUAUGAAGCUACUAGCUAUGAAGCUCCUAGCUAUUAAGUUACUAGCAUUGAAACUGCUGGCUAUGAAGCUACCAGCUAUGAAGCUACUAGCUUUGAAGCUACUAGCUAUGAAGCUACUAGCUAUGAAGCUACUAGCUAUGAAACUGCUAGAAAUGAAGCUACCAGCUUUGAAGCUACUAGCAUUGAAGCUACUAGCUAUGAAGCUACCAGCUAUGAAGCUACCAGCUUUGAAGCUACUAGCUUUGAAGCUACUAGCUAUGAAGCUCCUAGCUAUCAAGUUACUAGCUAUGAAACUGCUAGCUAUGAAGCUACCAGCUAUGAAGCUACUAGCUUUGAAGCUACUAGCUUUGAAGCUACUAGCUAUGGAGCUCCUAGCUAUUAAGUUACUAGCAUUGAAGCUACUAGCUAUGAAGCUACCAGCUAUGAAGCUACUAGCAUUGAAGCUACUAGCUAUGAAGCUACUAGCUAUGAAGCUACCAGCUAUGAAGCUACUAGCAUUGAAGCUAAUAGCUAUGAAGCUACUAGCAUUGAAGCUACCAGCUAUGAAGCUACCAGCUAUGAAGCUACUAGCUAUGAAGCUACCAGCUAUGAAGCUACCAGCUAUGAAGCUACCAGCUAUGAAGCUACUAGCAUAG